AUGGAACUGGGAGUGGGACGAGAAGGAAUGUCGGUUAUGUGUGACAUUUUCAAUAUACCACCGCCUUGCCAUCAUAAAGCUUUGGAUAACCAUGUUGCUGCAUUGUAUGAAACCCACGAGAAAGCUGUUGCUGAACAGUUACAGCGGGCCAGCGAUAAAGUCUUUUCACGCCAUAGUUGCAAUGAAUCAGAUGUUGCAGAGAUUGCUGUUAGCUAUGACGGAACGUGGUCCAAAAGAGGGUACACAGCAAAUUUCGGGGCUGGCUUUGUCAUUUCAGUUGAAACCGGUGAGGUACUUGACUAUGACUUUGAAUCAAAGUUAUGUAUGGAAUAUGCAACAGCAAAGAAGGAUCUGGGUGAAGAUUCCAGUGAGUUUGACAUGUGGUUCCGUGGUCACCAAGAACGAUGCGCCCAAAGUCACACCGGUUUCCAUGAACAAGACGAUUUGGGACCGAUCGAGGGAGAGCAAUCUGCAGUACAAUUUUAUGGUUUGUGA